CCGGCGGCGGAAAACGCAGCGGAGCCGGAGCCGGGGACUCGGCUGUGGCCGCAGCCUCGGUCCCUUCCGCCGAUCGCCGUGGCUCCAGGCUGAAGGUCGGUGCGGAGGCGGGUGGGCGCGGGUCUCCCCGGGAGCGUCGGGGCGGCAGCCUCCCCGGGCCUCCCGGGCUCCGCGAGAGAUCAUGUCUACAGCCUCCGCCGCCUCCUCUUCCUCCUCCUCUUCUGCGGGUGAGAUGAUCGAAGCUCCCUCCCAAGUGCUCAACUUUGAAGAGAUCGACUACAAGGAGAUCGAGGUGGAAGAGGUUGUUGGAAGAGGAGCCUUUGGAGUUGUUUGCAAAGCUAAGUGGCGAGCAAAAGAUGUUGCAAUUAAGCAGAUAGAAAGUGAAUCUGAGAGGAAAGCUUUCAUUGUAGAGCUCCGGCAAUUAUCCCGUGUGAACCAUCCUAAUAUUGUAAAGCUAUAUGGAGCCUGCUUGAAUCCAGUGUGCCUUGUGAUGGAAUACGCAGAAGGGGGCUCUUUGUAUAAUGUGCUGCAUGGUGCUGAACCAUUGCCAUACUACACUGCUGCCCAUGCAAUGAGUUGGUGUUUACAGUGUUCCCAAGGAGUGGCUUAUCUUCACAGCAUGCAACCCAAAGCUCUAAUUCACAGGGACCUGAAGCCACCAAACUUACUGCUUGUUGCAGGGGGUACAGUUUUAAAAAUCUGUGAUUUUGGUACAGCCUGUGAUAUUCAGACACACAUGACCAAUAACAAAGGAAGUGCUGCUUGGAUGGCACCAGAAGUGUUUGAAGGUAGCAAUUAUAGUGAAAAAUGUGAUGUCUUCAGCUGGGGUAUUAUCCUUUGGGAAGUAAUAACACGACGGAAACCCUUUGAUGAGAUUGGUGGCCCAGCCUUCCGUAUCAUGUGGGCCGUUCAUAAUGGUACUCGACCACCAUUGAUCAGAAAUCUACCUAAACCCAUCGAGAGCCUGAUGACUCGUUGUUGGUCUAAAGAUCCUUCUCAGCGUCCUUCAAUGGAGGAAAUUGUGAAAAUAAUGACUCACUUGAUGCGGUACUUUCCAGGAGCAGAUGAGCCAUUACAAUAUCCUUGUCAGUUUUCAGAUGAAGGCCAGAGCAACUCUGCCACCAGUACAGGUUCAUUCAUGGACAUCACGUCUACAAAUACCAGUAAUAAAAGUGACACUAAUAUGGAACAAGUUCCAGCAACAAAUGAUACUAUCAAACGCUUGGAAUCAAAAUUAUUGAAAAACCAGGCAAAGCAACAGAGUGAAUCUGGACGUUUAAGCUUGGGAGCUUCCCGUGGGAGCAGCAUAGAGAGCUUGCCCCCAACCUCCGAGGGCAAGAGGAUGAGUGCUGACAUGUCUGAAAUAGAAGCCAGGAUCGCUGCAACGGCAGCCUAUUCCAAGCCUAAACGGGGCCACCGUAAAACCGCUUCAUUUGGCAACAUUCUGGAUGUCCCUGAGAUCGUCAUAUCAGGCAACGGGCAGCCUAGACGUAGAUCCAUCCAAGACUUGACGAUUACUGGAACAGAAUCUGGUCAGGUGAGCAGUAGGUCUUCCAGUCCUAGUGUCAGAAUGAUCACUACCUCAGGACCAACCUCAGAAAAGCCAGCUCGAAGUCACCCCUGGACCCCUGAUGAUGCCACAGAUACCAAUGGCUCAGACAACUCUAUCCCAAUGGCCUAUCUAACACUGGAUCACCAAUUACAGCCUCUAGCACCAUGCCCAAACUCCAAAGAAUCUAUGGCAGUGUUUGAACAGCAUUGUAAAAUGGCACAAGAAUAUAUGAAAGUUCAGACAGAAAUUGCUUUGUUAUUACAAAGAAAGCAAGAACUAGUUGCAGAACUGGACCAGGAUGAAAAGGACCAGCAAAAUACAUCUCGUCUGGUACAGGAACAUAAAAAGCUUUUGGAUGAAAACAAAAGCCUUUCUACUUACUACCAGCAGUGCAAAAAACAACUAGAGGUCAUCAGAAGUCAGCAACAGAAACGACAAGGCACUUCAUGAUUCUCUGGAACUGAUUAAUUUUGAAAUAUGCAAAGACUUUUUUUUAAGGAAAAAAAACUCUUAUAUUGACAAUUAAUGAGUGUUAGCUUUUUUGGCGUGUUCUGAAUGCCAAUUGCCUAUAUUUGCUGCGUUUGUUUCAUCAUUUGUUUUCCUUUCUUCUGGUGGAAAUACAGUUCACUUGUCUCCUUGCAUAAAAUGGGGGCAUCUGUGACUUGAAAGAGCAGCAGUUCUCAACUUCAAAGCAGACGCAAUGAACCAUGGUUAUAUAUGCAUGCUCAUUGUGUGGAGGCUAGUCUAAAAUAACAAGGGGUAUCAAACUAGCUGCUAUGUGCAAACAUUGCCUUUUUCUGAGGUGGAACCUCAAGAAUUAUUUGUUCUUGUAUCUCAUCUCAAAAUAAUAAUUUUUUUUUUGUCUAAAAGAUGGUAUAUGCCAAGUAAAAAACAGGGUAUUUUAAAUCUAGAAUAAUUGGUGGUACAUUAUAAAUGCACGACCUGUAGGGAUAGUUCAGAGUGAGGGCUUGAUGCAAACAUCCUUGGAUCAGUACUGAACUUAGUUCCAUCCAUAAAAUAUUUAAAGGUAAGUGAUAGCUGCUGUAUUUAAUAAAAGCAUAUUUCAUUAGAUUGAGAGUUGACUGGUAGCAUUGAACAAAAUGGAACUCUAUGGUGUAAAGAUUUUUAAUUCUGUGAUUGUGUGUGUUAACUCUGUAAAGCUUUUAUGACUCAUUAAUAUCUCUUAAAUGAAAUUAAAAGGUAAAUGAGUACGAUCCACCUUAAUUGAUCCUUCCUUCCUACAUUAAUUAUUGGAUUUAGUCAGUAUUUGGAAAACUAAGAAGUAUUGGGAUAUGGAACUAAUUGCUCCAGCUAAAAGACUUGGCCUUAGUUUUUUUUUUUAAUGUAAUAUUUUAAUAUCAAAUGAUUAAAAGCCUGACAGAUCAGAAGUUAGGAAGUUGAAGAAGUAAAUAUAAACUCACCAAGUAUGAUGCUGAUAAUAGAGUAAAUGAUUUUCUUUUGCAAGCCCCAUUCCGGAAUGCCUGCGGCCUUUCAACUCUUUUAAGGGAAUUUUAACACUUAAAUAAAGAAAAUUUAUAUUGUAAACAGUAUCUUUGCUACCAACUUUGAAAAUAAAAGUAGUGAUAAAAUUUCAUUGAAAUAAUAGACUAUAUAAGCUCUAUUUUUUCAGUUGGUAUUAAACCACAUUUUGAUACCAGUACAGGUUGACUUUUAAAUAAAGAUUUCAUCGACCUCAUUUUUAUAGCAUUAAUAUUUUAUGAAAAGAAAUUUUAAAUGAAAGCAUUAUUGCUGUGACUAUUAGAAUUAUAUCGUGAUUGUAUUGUAGUUUUGCUCUAUUUCAGAUAAGCAAGUUGAUCUAAGAAGUUUGUCAAAACUAUUCUUAAAUUGCUAAAGCAGGUAAUUUUUUCUUCCACUUUCCCUCUUUCACUGAGUUUGAGCAUAUAUCCUUGUAUACAAGCAAUAAACAUAAAGGGCAGUUUGUACUGAACUCGGUCAUUUUUAGAAUCCUUCAUUAGAAAGUUUGGAAAAUAAAAUGUCUGCCAUCACUUCGCACUUAAGAUAAAAGGAGAAUUAUCCUUCCAAAGUAUUUGAUUACUUAUCUGAAAUUAUGUUAAUUUAAUAGUAAAAUUAAAAUGACACAGAAAAAUUAAGUCUGUACUAAAGAAAAGCAGAACUCAUUCAGAGCACUGCUACUUGUUUGUACAUCUGUUACUCCAUAGGAGGGAUUUAGUGUUUCUAGAGACUUUUCUAGUUACCCCAAAAUAUAUCUAGGCAUGGAAGCUAAGAGUUGAAUUCUCCAGUAGGAUUUAGAAUGAUAGAUCUCAGACUUUAUUCCUAGUUAAUAAUGUGGCUUUGCUAUAUCAUUAUGUAAAGGAAAGUGUUUUU